AUGGCGGAACCGGUGAGGAAGCGCGGCCGCCGGCCUCGGGGAGGCGGUGUCAGCCGAGGGGCUCGCGGAGCCCGGGGCGGCCGGGGCCGGCGUCCUCGCGUCCCUCGGUCUCCAGCCCGGCGUUCCCCGGACUCGCUGUUUGUGGAUCUGGUCAGCGACAGCGAUGAGGAUAUCCUGGAGGUCGCAACGGCACGCGGCGCCGCGGACUCGGUCGAGGUCCCUCUCCCGGAGCCCCCGGUGCCGGCCGCCCCCCGGGGCGACAGCGACAGUGACAGCGAAGGGGCGGACGCGCGGCCGGCCGGAGCCCCGCGGGCCACGGUCAGGCGGCGGCGGCGGCUGCUGCUGGAUCCGGGGGAGGCACCGGCUGUGCCCGUGUACUCCGGGAAGGUGAAAAGCAGCCUUCAUCUCAUCCCAGAUCACCUGUCUCUCCUGAAACUCUGUCCCCCAGAGGCUGAGGAAGAGGCGGAUAUGGCAGAUUCUAGCAGUCCCCACCCUGAGGAUGCCUCGUUUCCAGAUUCUCCCUGGAAGAAGAAGCUGAGGAGUAAGAAUUCAGAAAAGAAGUCGAAGGAGGUGUUUCUGGUUCAGGACACCUCUCCUUUGCCUUCACCUCCACCAAGGACCAAAAGCAGAAAGCAUUCCAGGGCACUCCAGAAGCUGAGGGAGGUGAACAAGCGCCUCCAGGAUCUCCGUUCCUGCUUGAGCCCCAAGCAGCACCAGGGCCAGGAUCACCAGAACCAAGAGGAUGAGGUGGUCCUGGUGGAGGGUCCCAUCCUUCCAGAGAGUCCCCGACUCUUCCCGCUAAAAAUCCGGUGCCGGGCUGAUGUGGUCAGAUUCCCUGUCAGAAUGUCGGAGCCCCUACAGAGUGUGGUGAACCACAUGGCCACCCAUCUCGGGGUGUCCCCAAGCAGGAUCCUCUUGCUCUUCGGAGAGACAGAGCUAUCCCCUACUGCCACUCCCCGGACUCUAAAGCUUGGAGUGGCUGACAUCAUCGACUGUGUGGUGCUAGCAAAUUCACCUGAGGCUGCGGAGAUGUCCCAACUGCUCCAGCUGCGGGUGCAGGGGAAGGAGAAACACCAGAUGCUGGAAAUCUCGCUGUCUCCGGAUUCUCCUCUCAAGACCCUCAUGUCCCGCUAUGAGGAGGCCAUGGGACUCUCAGGCCACAAGCUCUCUUUCUUCUUUGAUGGGACAAAGCUUACAGGCAAGGAGCUGCCUACUGAUCUGGGCAUGGAAUCUGGGGACCUCAUUGAGGUCUGGGGCUGAAACCCCACUCCCUGCUUGGAGGCCCAGUCUGGACUUGGGGAGAACAGCUGCCCCUUUUGGCCCUACACGGGCUUAUCCUCAAACUGAAGCAAAAUUGAGUAGUGACCUUUGACACACACACCCCUACUACCACCACCAUUGACCCUGUUAUCAAGCCAUUAGUUAUUUGGUUAGUUGAAUGAGUUUUCACCGCCCUGGGUGGUCUGUGGCUCUAUCCACGUGGUAAGCUGGCUGCCUUUGCAGCCUCGCUGAGCCAAAGAGAAGGUAUCCCUCACCCCUACCCUUUUCUUCCUGGUAAUGUCUGUUGUGUGAGACUGCUUAACUUAGAGAGUGAGUUGAAAUAAAUGAAGAGUGGGUGUGGAUUCCAGGCCUGGGAUUUCUGCUGAGUCUGAGACCAGUAGUGGCCCUGGGGGAGGUGGGGUGGGCAGCAGAUGAAGUUUGCUUGAGGCACAUACAUGGCUGUGGUUCCCCAGCCUGCGGAACCUGAACGAGCCAGCUCAUGCACACGCUCACUUAAGCACAGGCAGACAGCGGGUUAUGCUUUUGAAAGAGUGGAUUCUCAGCCUUGCAUGUCUUCCUCACCCCAGGACCCUUUAGAGCCAACCUUCCCAAUGUGCACACACAAUUUAAGGCAUAAUUGAACAUAUCCGAGCUUCUUUGUUUGGAUCUCAGGAUGAUAGUCCACAAAAGGCUUCUUUAGUUAUUUAUGGCUUUUUCUUUCCUGUUUCUUUGUGCUAUCCCAAGCAUCCAUUGGAAUGUGUGAGUUAUACAUCUUUUAAUAUAAACGGAUCCUUGUCAGAUACACUGUUGUGUAUGUGAAUAUACUUUUGCCACAUGUGGUGUCACUGUGCUAUAGAUCUUGGGCUCUUUUCUUUCUCACUCAACGUGUGUUGCUUAUUCUCCACAUGCUGAGAUGCUUAGACCACUCUGUGGUAUUCCCCCGCAGGCUUCAGCUGCACCUGACACAUUUGCUUAGUGGCGGACACCCUGGUGCCACCACUCCUGAGCACAUAAAUGAGGCCAUCUUUUGUGUGUCCCCUUCUGAGCUUGCGUGGAAGGUUUCCCGGCGUAGGUACUGGCACAGGACGGGAUGACAGGUCAGACAGGUUAAUUUCCUAUGGUUGAAUCAAAUUUUUCUUUUGAAUGGUCAUGGAGCCUCCUUGUCGGGGGUCCUCAUUUCUCUUCAUCCUCACCAGGACUUGCUGCCCUGCUUUCCAAUUUUUGCCAGUCUGUUUGGGUAAAAAGUGGUGGCCUGUUUCAAUGUACAUUCAUCUGAUCAGCAGUAAUUGGGGGGAUUUCUUCAUACACCUAGCAGCCUUUUAGGAUCCCUUUUUGUGCACCGCCCUGAUGGUUGCAAACAGCUCUCAGGAUAGCACUCGUGUUUGAUGAUUUAGGGGUGCGUAUUCUCACCGAACAUGAAUUUUUCGAUUUUAAUGUAGAUGCAUGAGCUGUUUUACCAUAUCACUUAUUGCAUUUGUUUUUUUAUUUAAAAGUAGUUUAGAUCGUUUACGUUUUCUGCUGUUAGCUUGUCAGUUUGUCCUUUCACAUUUAGGACACUAAAUAGGGCUGAAGUCCAGCCAGUACAGCCCGCUAUGCACAUUGGCUGGCAUCUGUUCUGUGUGAUGAAACAUUUGUCCUUGGUUGAUUCUGGGCUGUACUGGCUGGUAAAUAUUGAAUAUUAUUUGUAAACUAUUUGAAUUUAGCUUUGCAUAUGAGAUCCAAGUUUUAUUUUCACCCCAGAAUGAGCCAGUCUUCUCAAUGCUGUCUACUAAUAAAGCCAUUAAUUUUCCACUGAUACGUGGUACAGUCUUGGCAAAAAUAUGUCACCUUCUAAAACCUUGUUUUGUUGGAAUGUGCCAUUCCUUUGACCUUACAAUGUGAGAAAAACAGAAAGAAGCCUCUGUAACAUUUAAGUAAUCUAUGUACGGUAUAACUCUUUUUUUUUUUUCCAGAUAUGUUAUGUCCAUUAAGAAGUUUGGACAUAUUAAAAUUGUGUAUUCAGUCUCAACAAAAUAAAUGAGAGUACACUGA